AUGGGAUAUGGAGGAGGAACCGGACAAUUGGGUUGGUCUAAUGGUCAAACCCACCAACCCAACCAACCUAGUCAGCCCCACCAACCCAACCAGCCUGGCCAAAACCAUGGCGGACCAAUAACCACCCAACAACCCCCCUACGACGCCGUUGCCGAGGACGAAGAACCCGCUUACUUUGUUCGUGCUCGUUUCGACUUUGCCUCCUCCGACCCUUCUGCUCUCAGUUUCAAAGAAGGUGAUAUCAUCGAAGUCAUCCAAAUGCUCGAGAGUGGAUGGUGGGAUGGAUUGUUGAAUGGGAAAAGAGGUUGGUUCCCUAGUAAUUUCGUCCAAGAAGUGGAUGAAGAUGAGAUUCUACAAGAAGAAAUGAUGAUCAAUUCUUCACAAUUACCCAUUUCACCAAUAUCUCAAACUCACACACCCCCAAGACUGGGUGGAAUGGGUGGAUUAGAUAUGGGCGAUUUAGCGAGAGAAAUGAUGAAUGCUCGACUGGUGUAUGAUCCGACAAGUGAGACUAUGCUGGGGAUUCAAGGAAAGAGAAGAGAGGAUCAGAGAGGAGAGAUGAAUCUGAAAGAGUUUGGAAUGCCUCCUCCUAGAUCAGAAGAAGAGGGGGAUACUUUACGACCAGGCAAUCUUCAAGUGGCCAAGAAUGAAGAGGACAAGAGGUUAUCGUUGGCACCGGGUGAUGCGUGGAUCCCAAAGUUGUCGAAUAAUGGACAGAUCACAUACGUCAACACCAAGACUGGCGAGGAGUCAUGGGAUCUUCCAUUGUCCAUGAUGUUAGGUGAAGAAGACAUUUACGGUCCUGGUAUGGAAGAUGACUUUGGGGUCAAUUACGAUGAAGCUUUUGCCCUCCCUCACGCUCUACCAAUCUCCUCCACUCCUUUACCUUCUUCCUCUCAACAAAUUCCUGAACCUGAACAAUUCUUACCACCCUCUCGAUCCAAACUCCCUCAGAACUGGGCAGUCAAACUCAACGACGACGCUAGAGGAUGGCAAUAUGUCAAUCGUAUCACUGGGGAAAUCCGACAAGAACCUCCAUCCGCUACUGAAUCCAUCUCACCCGAUUGGCCGUCUCGAUCUCAACCCCGUCUCAGCGUUUCUUCUCUACAAUCCGCUCGUUCUUUCCGACCCCUCCGUCAAUCCAUCGAAAUACAAAGAAGAGCGGUCCAGGAUCUUGAACGUAAAACCCGUCACGCAUUGGAAGUCUUAUACACACCUCACAAACCUCCCACUCUUGGACGACUCACGGACGCUGUACAUGACGCUCUGAGAGAGGUUCUCGAAGCUUGUGUAGCAGGUGCGGCAGCGGAAGAGGAAAUGACUCGUGCGAUGGAUUUACAACAUGAACCAGGUAUACAAGCUGCUGCUCUACGAGAAGAUGGAGCUGUUGAACUUCUCGUCUCUGCCCAUUCUGCAGCUCUGGCAGGAAUAAGAGAACUCAUCUCUUCUUUCGGAUAUGUAGGCCCGAUGGAGAAAUUCGACGAAAUGCCAAGACCUGCUUGGACGUCAGAUAUGACUUUGAUCGGUUGUGUGGGAAUGUUGAGUGCUACAGUACAUGCAGCCACGAUUUCGAAGAAGAGUCCAGAGAGCGGGUUGAGUUUAUGGAGCGAAGUUAUGAGAAGUGCCAGUAGGUUGAAAGAUGUUGUUAGUAAUCUAGCGGGAAAUAUCCUUCCUGGUCUGCCUAUCACUCAAAGGGAAGAUUCAGAAGGGAAACGGGUAGAAGCUUGGUUUGUAACUCCUCCAACUGAAUUAUUAGGAGGUCGUUAUGGAUUUGGGAAAUCGGACACACUUCGUCCACUCGAUCAAAGUAUCAUCACGGAAAUUCGAAGAAAUCACGACGAACUCGAAAACCUCUUAUUCCCUCAGACAUCGUCGGAACUCCCAGCAUCAUCAUCAACAACGACAACGACAACUUCUAUAAGUGAAAUCAUCCGACAUCUCACUUCUUUCCUAAAUCUAGUAGUACACAUUGAUAUCGCUUCGGUGAUCGAUAUCGAAGGUGACUCCACUUUAUCCCCUCGUAAACCUCAAUCUCAAGAAUCAUUCAACGAUCUUGUUCUUCAAGCUCAAGCGGCAUUGAAAGAUUUGGAUUUAUGUCAUCUUGAAUUAUCUUCCCUCUCUGGUGAACUACUCCUUCAACCUACUCUUCCCCCCAAUGAUGAAAUUCUCAAUAUCUUUUCAGAAGAUUUUUCUACUAUCGCACGCGCCACUACGGCUCUUCUCGCCAUAUCUACCGAACAACUGGCACUAGCUCAAGAUCCAUCAUCCGGACUUAAAACGAACAUAGGUUCUAAAUCUUUCCGAACGAAAAGGAUUAGACCGGUAUCUACCACCUCUACCAUGUCUCGAAUGUCCAGAUCUGAUUUAGGUACCAAACGAAAUAUAGUCAAAGGGUUGGAUGAAGAAAUGUUGGAUAAUGGUCAAAUUGAUGAAUUACGAGAUCGACCUGGGGAAUUGAGUGCGAAUGGAAGUCAAACUUCUUUACCUCAUAGACAUCAAACACAAGGACAAGUAUCAGCCACGAGUAGUACUACAAGUCUAGCAUAUCAAAAGACCGAUAGUGAUUCAAGUAGUCAAAAAGGGAAUAGAAGUAGUAUACUUCGUGCUUUCAGAAGACAAAAACCUGAUAAUGAGGUUGAUAAAGAAAAUAAAACAUCCAUCAGGUCUAAACCUAAUCAACCUUCUAGGAAAUUAGCCAAAUUAUUAGGAGAUGAUAUUUUCAUCAAUAAUACCGUUCCACCACCCCAUUCAACAAAUCCACAAAAUCAAAAUCAACCUAUAUCAACUAAUCCAAGUCAAAAUCAAGCUUCUGAAACACCAUGGUAUUUAGGAGAAGAUUAUGAACCAAACGAAAUUAUAUUCGAUGAUAAAGGAGCUGUUAAAGCAGGAACAUUAAAAGCUUUAAUAGCAAGAUUAACACCACAUGGUCAUUUAGAUACAGCAUUCUUUCAAGCUUUUCUUUUAACAUUUAGAUCUUUCACAACUGGUCCUGAAUUAUUACAACUUUUAUUACAACGAUACGAUCUACCAAUACCCACUUCAUUAUCUACAGAAGAAAUAUCAGAAUGGAAAAGAUUAAAACAAAAUUUAAUAAGAUUAAGGAUAUUCAACACUGUUAGAAAUUGGUUGGAAAAUCAUUAUCUAGAAGAAGAUAAUAAACUUUUAGAUAAAUUUGAAUCUUUUUCAAAAAAGUUAUCCGAAAAUAAUUCUUCAAUAAUGUCUAAACAACUUUCAGCUAUCGUUCAAAGAAGAAGAUUAGGUGGUGAGAAUGAUCAUUCAAGACGUAUAGUUUCAGGUGGAUUAGUUUCACCUCCAGCACCUAUUUUACCUAGACCGAUGGGUAAGACAUUGAGAAUAACGGAUAUUUCUCCAUUGGAAUUAGCUAGACAAUUGACAAUAAUGGAAUCUCAACAUUUUCAAAAGAUUAAAGCUGUUGAAUGUUUGAAUAAAGCUUGGGCAAAAGAAGAAGGUUUAAAAGCUGCACCGAAUGUUAGAUGGGUCAUUUUGACUGCUAAUAGGAUGGCAGGUUGGGUAGCUUUACAAAUCUUAAGUUCUAGGGAUGUUAAAGUUAGAGCUGGGAUAAUGAAGUUUUUUAUACAGACUGCUGUUGAACUCCGAAUGUUAAACAACUUCUCUUCAAUGGCUGGGAUAGUAGCAGGUUUAAAUUCAGCACCUAUAACCAGACUCAAAAGAACACAAGAUCUACUUAGCGCAAAAACACAAGCUAUGAAAUCGGAUUUGGAUGGGACUUUGGAUUCUACAAAGAAUUUUCAAAAUUAUAAAGAUAUGUUGAAAGCUAUAAAUCCUCCUUGUGUGCCGUUUUUUGGCUUUUACCUAUCAAUGCUCACAUUCGUCGAAGAUGGUAACAAAGACAUCUUCCCAUCACCUUCUGAAAACCCACCAAAAUCACCUCUUAUAAACUUUUUCAAACGUUCACUCUCUGCAGAGAUAUUAAGAGAUAUACAACAAUAUCAAAGUCAACCUUAUAACUUGGCAAAAUGUACACCUGUUUAUAAUUUCAUUCAACAAGGUUUGGAACAAGUUGAAAAAGCUGGGGAUUUGUAUGAAACUAGUUUGGUUUUGGAACCUCGUGAAAGGGAUGAAGAGAGGAUAACAAGAAUGUUACAUGAUUCGGUGAGUUAUGAGAUUUCUUCUUCCACCCUUCCAUCCCUUCUUUCAUACCAUUGCAUGUCCCCUUCGAUACAUUGA